CUUAGCAAACAUGGGCUAUUGCUCCAUCCUAUUGCCAAAGCUCAAGAUAUCUAUAUAUGUUUUAUCUCGAAAAUAGUUGCAACAUCAACGUUCUGCUGGUCGCUGCCGGGGGGCGGCGCUGAUUAUCGAAAGCCCCCACCCUCCGCCAAGUCGAAGGCGCCUGCGCUACAGCCAACUGUACCUUUCGUACUCCGUACGGCGUACUCCAUAGUUUCCCCCCACCUAAAUUGAUCAAAAUUUUUCCCUGAUAAAAACAGGAGCUACGGAGUGCAGCGGAAUAUUCGUUGAAUCUUUCAUGAGGCCUUCUCUUCCAAUCAUUAUCAUAAGGUGCUAUUCAUGCCUUCUGGCUGCUUUGCUGCUUGUUUUGAUGACAACCAGCCAAAAUUUCCCUGGGCGUUCCAUUGCUGCAGGGUUGUCGUGAAUGGAAUCGGUGGGGUUCAAAUUAACUAGGGGGGUCAACUUCUCAGCAGGUCUUGGUGAUAAUAUUUAAUAAUAUUUCUUAUGGCUGCACCUUACGAUUCCUCCCGACCACGAAUGGGAGCAACAUUUUAUCCAGGUGCAACGGAUGACUACCAAAUGCCAGAAGUAAUAUCUCCGGCACCCCAAAGGGUGAUGCCUGAAGUUCCCGAAAAUAUGCAAGAUAAUCUUGCCCACCUCGAACAGGAAGCCUCUGGAUCGCAUCGUACGGCGAAUCAUUAUCCUCCCGCCCACCGACCACAGUUCCCAGCUCGAAACUCUUCGAUGCCGACUCAAGCAUACAAUAAUAAUAGUAGUUCGUAUGUGAAUCAACAUGCGCAACCUGGCAGUCACAUUCCGGCGAACGACUACAUGGACCACCCUAAUUUCUCGCCAUUCCCAGUCUUGCGGAACCCACCGCCCAACGUUCCUCCAAGCGAUGAGCAACGAGAAGCGAACCUCGAGCGUGGGCGGGUCGCAGUUCUAAGCUCCAAUGAUCCAGAGAUGCAACUUGCUUGGGCACAAGAUGCCCUUUCCUACGUGGAGGUAGCCAUGCAAAAUGAGCUUCGCCUUGCCGUCGUUCAACCCCCACGACCCCAUACUCCACAAGGCGAGCAUCAGUUGAAGGUUGAUGCCAUUAACAUUGUCUCGUUUCUUGCCGAUCAAUCACACCCGCGAGCAGAAUUCAUCCGCGGUAUGUGGCUUGAGUUUGGGAAAUUUGGAUUCCGCAUCGACAAGAAGGAGGCUUUUCGGUGCUAUCAGCGGGCUGCUGAAAAGGGAUAUGCGAGAGCCGAAUAUCGAAUGGGCAUGCAGUUUGAGAAUUCAAAUGAACCUUUGAAGGCAAUCAAACAUUAUGAAAAAGGUGUAAGCCUCGGUGAUUCUGCCUCAUAUUAUCGAUUGGGGAUGAUGAUACUCUUGGGACAACAUGGACAACGCCAAGAUUAUGCCGGAGGGCUGGACCAUAUCCGAUAUGCUGCCCAAACAUGUGAUGAAAAUGCUCCUCAGGGCGCCUACGUUUAUGGAAUGCUGUUAGCCCGCGAGCUUCCCCAGGUUGCCGUUCCCGAUGAAUUUUUGCCCCUAGACUUGAAUGGUGCACGUUUGAAUAUUGAAAAAGCCGCAUAUCACGGCUUUGCGAAAGCCCAAGUAAAGAUGGGGGCAGCUUAUGAAUUGUGUCAACUAGGAUGCGAUUUCAAUCCAGCCUUGUCUCUACACUAUAAUGCACUCGCGGCACGGCAAGGUGAGCCCGAAGCUGAGAUGGCCAUCAGUAAAUGGUUCCUUUGCGGACAUGAAGGUGUCUUUGAGAAGAACGAUGAGAUGGCAUUUGUCUACGCUAAACGAGCCGCCCAAAAUGGACUUCCGACGGCUGAAUUUGCCCUUGGGUAUUUUUAUGAGAUCGGUAUACACGUACCAGUGGACCUUAAAGAAGCCCGGAGCUGGUAUGCCAAAGCAGCUGCCAGUGGUAACAAAGACGCUUCUUCACGAAUUGACAGCAUAUCAAGAUCUAAGACCUUGUCAAGAAAGGAUCAUGAGCGUGUCGCGAUUGCACGCAUCAAAUCACAGUAUGCUUCUCAUGGGCGAAAUCAGCAACAACGUUACGCGGCUAUGCAAAAUGAAAGGCCGGCGCAGGAAACAUUGGAAAUGCCAGAUCCCUCCAAAAUGACUAUCUCUGCCGAUCCCACAGGCCCUCGACCGGUCUCGGCUGCUCCUUAUCCCGAAGGCCCAAAUUCUCGUUAUGGGCGCCCUGGUGGUCCCGGAGGUCAGUACGGCCCCGACAUUCGGCCGACCUCUGCGUUCGGUAUUAACCCAAAUCUACGGACACAACCUGUUCCGGGCGGUCAGCUUCCGCCACAACGUGUUGCCUCAGUGGGCCUCCCUCAAGGCUACGGACCACCUCCAGGCCCUGGUAUGGCUCCUUAUCCAACUAAUCAAGCGGCCCCCUCGCCAAAGUUAGAUAUUGGUUUCUCAGCGCCCCCUGAUCCUACAGGUGCCGAUAGGAGGCGGAAAUUACAGCGACCCGCCACUACAAACCAACCCCAUGGCCAGUCAGUGCCAGUGCAAGGCAGGCCUGCUCCUCCAUCAGAUCCACGGCAGUCACGAAUGCCCGCCUCGCCUAACCCUGCAGGCCACAUGCCACACGGGCAAGGUACUGGGAAGUUCCCAGCACGAGGUGACUCUAGACCGCAACCAUCACCUUCUUCGAAUGCUUCUCCAAACAACCCGGCACAGGCUCAAAAGCCUGCGUCUGGAUUACCUGGGAAGGGCCCCAAAACUUUUGAGGAAAUGGGCGUUCCUCAAGGCAAAACUGAAGGGGAAUGUGUUGUUAUGUGAUGGGUGCUGUCUCUCAGAGAAUCACUCAUAUUCAGUUACGACUUACAUUAAUAGGGCAGCUUGUUCGGCGUUCUGUCGGUGCUUCUUCGAUUUCCAUUUAAGUUAUUAACCAUUUUAGGGGAUACUGUUGGGAUGCAUUAAAGUGGCGUCGACGAUGACAGUAUAGCAAGCAUCAACUAUGCUAAACACAAGCUACGCCGUAUUGCUUCCCAUUAACUUAGCCUCAGAAAAAUACGCCAUAUAUCUAUACACAGUUCAGAUUUGGGAAGUUCUAGAGGAAGAUACGGGAUAAGUGGAAUUUAUGCUUUUUGAAUUCCCUCUCCGGUUCGGGGAAGCUAGUAUUUGGGCUGGAAUUCAUUAGCCACAGUCUUAGGAAUAUAUUGUUAGGACAUGUCAUUAGGAGCUCGUUAAUUAUUUCCCUUGAUGCUUUGUUAUUGUUAUCAUUAGCAAAUCCAGCGACAUCAUUCACUCUUCCUUCUGAGGCGUCCUUGUCGGAGCUUUAUCUGCUCGGUGCUUGUGCUUAAACCCUUUGCUAAGACAUCUCUAAAUGAAGAGCAACCUGCCAAAGG